GCCCACAAUGCACCCAUUACAAAAUGGUCCAAAGUGUAUUGUAUUUUGAUGUUCAGGGGGCAUAUUUGCUUGGCAUUUUUCUGCUUUUGUGAAGUCUUCAGUCGUGUUUUGCCAGGCGUUUUGGAUAAAGGUAGCACAGUUUGUCUUGUAGGUAUGGCACAGCCGCAAAGAGUGGGGGACUUGCCCGAGGAUGUCGACACAGAUGACUGCAUGACUUCAUACACACACAUCUACAGUCCUGAUCUACUCAAAGACCAAGUGGCCUUCAUAACGGGUGGAGGGUCUGGAAUUGGCCUCCGCAUAGCUGAAAUUUUAAUGAGACACGGAUGUGACACCGUUAUUGCCAGCAGAAACCAGGAUAAGCUAAGAGAGGCUGCUAAUAAGCUGACUGCAGCCACUGGUCGUCGUUGCCUCCCCCUGUGCAUUGACGUGCGUCAGCCUGAGACGAUCGGAGCUGCCGUGGACGACACACUGAAGGAGCUGGGACGUAUCGACAUCCUCAUUAACAAUGCUGCUGGAAACUUCCUUUGUCCAGCAACGUCCUUGUCCUUCAAUGCCUUUAAAACAGUGAUGGAGAUCGACACCAUGGGCACGUUCAACACCAGCAAGGUGGUCUAUGAGAAGUGGUUGAAGGAUCAUGGAGGUUCUAUAGUGAACAUCUCUGCAACCCUUGGCUACAGAGGCCAAGGACUCCAGGUUCAUGCUGGGUCAGCCAAGGCUGCCAACGAUGCCAUGACCAAGCAUCUGGCUGUGGAGUGGGGGCCCAGUGGGGUCCGGGUCAACACCCUGGCUCCUGGCCCGAUCUCUGGGACUGAGGGGUUCCGUAGGCUGGGUGGUCCCAGAGGGGAGACUUCCGGAGCCUUCCAGUCCAUCCCUCUGCAGCGGGCGGGGAACAAGACGGAGAUGGCCCACAGCGUGCUGUUCCUGGCCAGCCGUGCAUCCUCCUACGUGACGGGCGCCAUCUUGGUGGCGGACGGUGGCAGCUGGUUGACUUCUGCCAAUGACGUGUCCAUGCUGCUGGGUAUAGCCUCCUCUCAAACUGCUAAACUGUGACACGGCCCCUCUCCUCCGUCACCCAGGUCACUGGUCAUCAGAAAUGAAAAGGAACAAGUGAAUGGUGAAGAUGGCCAAAACUCCAACUGCCUUGAUGUGCCAUUUUGUUUAGUGUUACCCAAAGCUGCCUAUACAGUUUUUCUGUGAUCCCCGAGCUCAUGGUGCUAAUGAUAAUCAAAGACAAACACUGACUUAGUCAAGAAAAUGUAGAAAAAAGGGACCAAAUACUAUUUGAAGUCUAAGGAUGAAUAACUCAACUUGACAAAUCAUUAACUUCAAUAAAUAAUUAAGAGUUGUUGAUCAUAUAUUGAAUAUCAAUGUAAAGCACCAACAUUUACAUCAAGCAUUGUCACUGUCCUAAUGCUUCCUGUUCAUAUUUGUAGAAUGACAAAAACUAAACUGUCUGAUGGGUUUCUGAAGGCAGAUGUGUGCAUGUACUUUUCUUAAUUAAGCUUGUGUAAGCCCUUUUUUCCACACAGUUUUCAUCACAAGCCAGAGUGCAGGGGUGUGUGAAGACAGGGCUAACAUACCCCAGUAGUCCAAAGUUAUUUUAAUUAGUCUACAUUUCCCUAGGUCCAGCGGAGAGCACAGAACAACAUUUGUAGAUUGAUAUCUAUGUGACCUACUUGAAAGAUGUAGUAGGAUGAAUACCGACCGAGAGCGACUGAUCAGAUUUGAGAACGUUUUUUCCCCUCUUGACAUGACAAAUAAUCAUGAAUCUAUUGAAACGGCCGGAUGAGGGCGCUGAUGUAUCAUGCGGCACAAUUUGAUGAUGCAGUUGGCACAUAAUUACAAUUUAGUUUGAAUAAUAUGUUUGGGAUUUUUUAUAAACAGCUGUA